AUGGGGCGUCCCUGCUGCGCAGUGUGCGGGUCUGCUGGCGGGCUGCCCAUGGGAAGCCCCAAAGUGCGUCAGGGAGCAGCGCAGAAGGGUGGCCCGGGAGACUGCGGGGGGGAUUCGCGGCGCGGGCGCAGGAUGGACAAACAGAGCCCCCUGAAUCCGGCAGGCACCAUCAGUGCUGCUCUUACCCUCGCUGCCGCAGAGCGUGUUGGAGGAUCCCUCAGGAAUGAUGGUCGUGUGAGGAGCUGGCUAUGGCAAACCGGAAGCGCCAAGUACCCAGCGAAGGAGGCAGAGCUCACAACCCUGGGACAGGCAAGUCCCACUCCUGGGCAGCACGAGUGCAAUGAUCAUAGCGGAGAUGGUGACUCCAGCUCAGACUAUGUGAAUAACACCUCUGAGGAGGAGGACUAUGAUGAAGGCUUGCCGGAAGAGGAGGAAGGUAUCACGUAUUACAUUAGAUACUGUCCAGAGGAUGACAGUUAUCUGGAAGGAAUGGACUGCAAUGGGGAAGAGUAUGCUCCCCAUGAAGAGCAUCAUGUUGAAACGGAUGAGUGUCAGGAAGCUGUAGAAGAAGAAUGGGCUGAAAGUAAAAUCCAGCACCAAGAUGAAAAUGAGGUGACAGAUAGGCAAGAGUGGCAGGAGGGUCAAGAUAAUAGUGUUCAAAUUUUGGAGGAUGAAGUCUCUUCCUUGGAGAUUCAAGACCAAGAAGAGAACGUACAAUAUUGUCAAAGUGAAGGUGGCUAUCCGGACUAUUACCCAGCAGAGGCUAAUGGAAAUUCGCAGGGAAUAUCACCGUACCACUCUAGAAAAGAGGAUGCGGAGCUGGAAGAGCAGGAAGAGGACAUUGACCAGAUCGUAGCAGAAAUUAAAAUGAGCAUGAGCAUGAGCAGCAUAAAUAGCACGGCCGAAAUGAGUCCCGAGCACACUGGGCCUGAGAGCUUGCCACACGACUAUAAAGAGACUUGUCCCAAAGGGGAAGCCCUUCACGGUGCUAACAGGCACGAGGGGAGGCCAAAGUCACUGAAUAUCCCGUCUGCAUCGAAGCAGAGUGGGGACGUGCCCAGAGGCUUUAAAACGAAGUCGAGAACUCCUGAGGACAGACAGAAGUGGCCGCAGGAGCAGAUGUGCAAUGGUUUAGAGCAGCCAAGGAAGCAACAACGUUCUGACCUCAACGGCCCCGUCGAUAACAACAACACCCCCGAGACAAAGAAAGUGUCCUCAUUUCCAAGUUUUGUUGAUGUUCCAGGGCCCUGCGAGCCCGAGGACCUCAUCGACGGCAUCAUCUUUGCGGCCAACUACCUGGGCUCCACGCAGCUGCUCUCCGAGCGGAACCCUUCCAAAAACAUCCGCAUGAUGCAGGCGCAGGAGGCCGUGAGCCGCGUGAAGAGGAUGCAAAAGGCGGCUAAAAUCAAGAAAAAAGCGACUUCAGAGGGAGAUUCCCAGGCGUUGACUGAAGUGGAUCUGUUCAUCUCCACACAGAGAAUUAAAGUUUUAAAUGCAGACACACAGGAAACAAUGAUGGAUCAUGCCCUGCGUACGAUCUCGUACAUUGCUGAUAUCGGUAACAUCGUGGUGCUCAUGGCGCGCCGCCGCAUGCCACGGUCAGCCUCCCAAGACUGCAUUGAAACCACGCCUGGUGCUCAGGAAGGAAAGAAGCAAUACAAAAUGAUAUGCCACGUCUUUGAAUCAGAGGAUGCACAGCUGAUAGCUCAGUCCAUCGGUCAGGCUUUCAGUGUGGCCUACCAAGAGUUUCUAAGAGCCAAUGGAAUUAACCCAGAGGAUCUCAGUCAGAAGGAGUACAGCGACAUCAUCAAUACCCAGGAGAUGUACAAUGAUGAUCUCAUACACUUUUCCAAUUCAGAAAACUGCAAAGAGCUCCAGCUAGAAAAACAGAAGGGAGAAAUUCUUGGGGUAGUGAUUGUGGAGUCUGGAUGGGGAUCCAUUCUACCCACUGUCAUCCUGGCUAACAUGAUGAAUGGAGGGCCCGCAGCCCGUUCAGGAAAACUAAGCAUUGGAGACCAAAUUAUGUCCAUUAAUGGGACCAGUUUAGUUGGGCUUCCUCUUGCAACAUGCCAAGGGAUCAUAAAGGGUCUCAAGAAUCAGACACAAGUGAAACUGAACAUUGUUAGCUGUCCUCCAGUCACUACUGUCCUCAUAAAACGGCCGGACUUAAAAUACCAACUGGGCUUCAGCGUACAGAAUGGAAUUAUUUGCAGCUUGAUGCGAGGUGGGAUAGCUGAGAGAGGAGGGGUCAGAGUAGGACAUCGGAUUAUUGAGAUCAAUGGACAAAGUGUUGUUGCAACCGCUCACGAGAAGAUAGUACAAGCAUUGUCCAACUCAGUGGGAGAGAUUCACAUGAAGACUAUGCCAGCUGCCAUGUUCAGGCUUCUCACUGGGCAAGAGACACCCCUGUACAUCUAGCAUGAGACUCUCUCAACAAAAUAACGAUUCCAUCAAAGCUGAAGCCUUCGCAGUUGAAGAGAAUUUUGUAUUUUGUAUGAAUGAAAGGCUUGGAAGCUGGACCUGAGGGCUCCGAAACCAGGAACAGACAGGUGUCGCUGCCUUUUCUCUCCUUCCCUUUUAUUUCUUUGCCAAAAAGUGAUGAGAAGAAUGGUCAAGGACAAUAUUCACUGACAUAAAAUCCUUGUAAAAUAUUUAAGUAUUUUGCAACAUCUUCUAAACAUCUUCUUUUCUCAUAAAGCGCAAAACAUAUUUAUUUGUAACCUUUAUGUGGCGUGGUGUAUGUAUGUCUGUCCUGUUUGAUAUCAUGGUGAAUGUGGAUAUCUGGUGAAUGAGACUGCAGGAAAUGGCCAAGACAAGUGAUCUGAGAAAGUUAGGGCUGCCUCAAGUUAAAAAAAAAAAUCCCAGUCCCAUAAAAUGGUACAAUACUGAUGGCAUUGUAUAAUUCUAAAGUUGGUGCCUAGUAGAUGGUAUUUCAGUGGAUAGGAAUGUGUGCAGUUAAAUUUCUAGAUUCUAACGUAAAGCAAACCACUGUAGUACUUGGUAUUGUUAUGACAAGUGUAACCUGUUUGGCAAGGUGUGAACAUAAACAUGUAAAAGUGUUUCAUAUGCUAAAUAAAGAAUAAUUGCCACAAGAUUAAAAUCAAAAUAUUUAUUUAGAUACAUAUUUAUUUUUAAUGUUUGUGAUUUUUAUGAUUUAACAGACCUAUUUCACUGAUAACUUAUUGCACAGUUUGUGUAAUGUAUGUGUUGGGCUGGGUUUUUUGGGUUUGAUUUUUGCAUAUUACCUUUUUCAUAUUAACCCAAAAUGGGAAAGCCAUGCUUACCUGUUACUGUCUUUUAUAAAGCAUCCUUAUUCCUGAGGCAAUGUGUUCUGAAUGUAAGUUGUUCUAACAAAUGAGCUAGCACCAUCAGCAGUAUUAGAAUGUGUGUAGAUUUAAAAAAAAAAAUAGUAGUAGUAAAGUUGUAUUCCAUAUGCGAUAAAUGUUAAUUGAUGUAACUUUUUGUCUUUCUUUUUUUUUUCUCUUUUUUUUUUUGGCCAAGGCCUUGAAGAAAAUACACUGUGACUUAAGAAGCCUUACCAUGCAGCAACUAAAAAGCUUUAGGAUGACUGUACUUCAAGGACUAAUGUGUGUUGCAUGCAACUGAACUUAGGAAAGAAUUAACUUAGUGUCACUAAUAAAUCAGAGAUAAUAAAGAAAGCUCGCUUAUUUUGUUUGUUGUAUAAUUUUAGAUAA